AACUUCAUUUACAUCACAAAAAACAAAACGUAUACGCGUGACAAAGGGUGUCUUUCACGUGAUUUUAUUCCUUUGAACUGCUUUUGGUGUGACAAUGCAACUAUUGUGACAGAUAAUAUUGCUGAGUGUUAAUGUUCCGUACUAGAUAACUUAGAAGAUUUGAAAGUGGAUUUCGAUGUACCUUUGAAUCUUCACAUCAACUCAUACACAUUCUCUCGCCUUACGGAUUCUGGUUAAGAUGUUUUUUUGUGUUCCUAUUUUUGCGGCAGUAUGUCUUGCUGCUGCUUUUGCUCAUCCCGAUGAAAUAACAUAUUUGCCUGGUUUAAAUUUUCCACUUAAUUACAAACAUUAUUCCGGAUACUUAAAUGCUACUGGUGGAAAGUUUCUUCAUUAUUGGUUUGUUGAAAGUCAAAGAAAUCCAUCUUCUGAUCCUUUACUACUGUGGUUGAAUGGAGGGCCUGGUUGCAGUUCUCUUGAUGGUUUCCUAAGUGAACUUGGACCUCUUCAUGUGUCUGCUGAUGGGAAAACUCUUUAUAAUAACACUUAUUCUUGGAAUAAAGUUGCAAAUAUAUUAUUUUUAGAAGCUCCUGCUGGUGUUGGUUUCUCUUAUUCACUCAAUGGAAAAUACAGCACUGAUGAUGACACAACUUCGUACGAUAAUUAUGUAGCCUUACAGAAUUUUUUUGUGAAAUUUCCCCAGUUCAAAGGAAAUGAUUUUUAUAUAACAGGUGAAAGCUAUGGAGGAAUUUAUAUACCUACUUUAUCUGUAAGAGUGUUGAGAGGACCUGCUAAGAUAAACUUUAAGGGUUUUGCUAUUGGAAAUGGAUAUUUGGAUGUUAGAAAUUUGACUAAUUCAAUUGUUUUCUUUGCAUACUACCAUGGAUUAGUAGAAAAUGAGUUAUGGGGACGUCUCUCCAAAUUCUGUUGUGGUGGUUAUUCCAGUCAAGACAAGUGCAAUUUUGAUAGCCCAGCUUCUUCUGAUUGUUCUGAAGCUGUUUCAGAAGUAACUGACAUUGUUGAUGGCUCAGGCUUAAAUAUUUACAAUUUGUAUUCUGAUUGUGCUCAAUCAUCUGAAAAAGUUUCCAGAUACUCUACCGACAAAAGAAACUUACUUCGCAUGUUACCUAAAUCUGAAAAUCUACGAAAAGUAAAAGAUGACCCACCUUGUAUUGAUUCUUCUAAUUUAAGAAAGUAUCUUAAUCAGAUGUCUGUACGCCAAGCUCUUCACAUUCCGUCUAAAGUUCAAGAUUGGGAGAUUUGCAGUACAGAUGUUGAAAUUGGAUACAAACGAUUGUAUGAUACAAUGAGACCUCAAGUGUUGGAAUUAAUCGGGUCUGGUAAACUAAGGGGCCUUAUUUACAAUGGUGAUGUAGAUAUGGCAUGCAACUUUUUAGGCGAUGAAUGGUUUGCUAACAACCUUGGUUUGAAGGUGAAACAGAAAUAUCAAAUUUGGAAAUUUAAUAACCAAGUUGCUGGGUUUGUGAAGUAUUAUGAUAAACUUUCCUUCCUAACUAUUAGGGGAUCUGGUCAUAUGGUACCGCAAGACAAACCAGGACCGGCCUUUAAAAUGAUUUCAAGUUUCUUGAGUAAUACGCCCUUUUAAAAUCUGUCUGGAGUAUAGAUAGAUUUUCUGCUACUUAAAAGAUGCACAUUGAAAAACCAGUGAGAUUUCUGAAACUGAACCUUAAUUUUAACUGUUAUUGCUGUCUUUUUAAUAAAAAUAUAAUUUUAUUGGCAAA